GCAGAGCUAACCUAUGACUGGCUCCGCGGGAACGUCAAAAAGGAGUAAACAGCUGCCAAAUCAGCGUUCUCUAACAUGAAUCUAAGCACUUCGGAGACAAAUAACGACAUAGCCUUAGACAAUGUAUCACGAAACGCAAUGUCAGAGUCAGUGGAUGACCCGACAUUAGUGUUUCAAUGCGAAAAUUGCAGAAGUAUACUUGGUGACUCCACGACGUGGGUCUGUUCGGAUGAAACUUUGAAAACCAUCACUCUUCAGCAAGUGACAGACAAAGUCAAAGUUCUCGACAAGCUGAAGUCCUCCCCGAACUGUGGAAGUGCGUUUGUUCCUCUGUACUGCCGAGGGUGUAACGAGGGGAUCGGGAGAAUGUACAAGACAACUACCAGGAACCGAGAUGCUAUGAGGGACCGGUACAGCCUCUUUGUGUCCAAGAUGUCCAGCUAUGAGGUUGGGAGCUGCAGAUCGGUCCAAAUACCAGACGAUGAUGCUAAACUGCCUCUGUUGGCCAGGCUGCAGGCAGACAUACUGAAGGUCCAGACAGUCAUCGUAUCAAUGAAUGCCCGGAUAUCUGCAAUAGAGCAGUACAUCGGUGACGGGCAGGAGUAGCAGCAAGAUAGAUAUCACACAGGUUCUUGAUGUCCUGGCGUGGAUGAAACAGUGUACGAGAUGCAGAGGAUGCACUUCGAGUCCUCGAAUACAAAGUGCUGAAUCAGGACAAUUUCUAUUGCUCUGUGAUACAUGUAAAUGAUUACUGUCCGAAAACAUCUUUUGGGUUGCAUAGUGUUUUGACGUCAGGGUCUUUUCAGUUUGCCUCUGAAGUUCUCGAAACAAAUGGAGCACAAAAUGGAGUUAUUCUUUGUUUUAUUAUUUGUUUCAGUUAUUAAAUUUUUAAACUUAUCCUAUCUCACGACUUGCACCUC